AUGAACCUGACAGAGUUUAAUCAGUCUGAUCGCUGUGAGCAUUUCUCCUGUCCAGAGAGAUCUGUAUCUCCUGCAGUUUAUAUCUUACUGUAUGUGUGUUCAGCUGCUGUGGUUCUGCUAACAGUGUGUGGAAAUCUGCUCGUCAUCAUCUCUGUUUUUCACUUCAAGCAGCUUCACACACCGACUAACAUGCUUGUGCUCUCUCUGGCUGUCUCGGAUUUCCUUGUUGGUUCUUUUGUAAUGCCUUCAAUGUUUAUUUGGACGAUUGAGUCAUGCUGGAUAAUCGGAAGAGGUUUCUGUAUCUGUUUUUUGGUAAUUAGUGGUUUCAUCACAACCUCAUCUAUUUAUAAUAUUGCUCUGAUCGCUGUGGACCGAUAUUCAGCUUUGUCAAACCCAUUUUUUUACACAACCACCAUUUCUAAGAGACUUAUUUGCAUUGUGAUUUAUUUUAACUGGUCUGUGUGUUUAGUGUAUAACACAGCAGUUUUUUUUUUCAAUGGAAGCUUCACAAGUUCUGUAAUGUGUCCUGGAGAGUGUUACCUUUUUAUGAAUGAAGUUUCUUCUAUAAUUGACCUUAUAUAUUCAUGUAUAUUUCCCCUUUCUGUCAUAAUCAUAUUGUAUACUAUGGUUUUUGUGAUUGCUAAGAAACAUGCCACUGCUAUCAGAGAGCUCAAGAAUCACACACGGCCUAAAACACUGAAAAUCUCCUCACAGUCAAUGAAAUCUGAGAGAAAAGCAGCUAAAGUCCUCGGCAUUUUAGUGUCUGUGUUUCUGGUUUGUUUAAUUCCUUAUUUUAUUUAUAGUUUGUUAGGUGGUGUUAUUGAACUACAGACAGAAACCCUUCCUAAAGUCCUUGUUAUAAUUCAUCUCAAUUCCACCAUUAAUCCAUUUAUUUAUGCUCUGUUUUACCCGUGGUUUAGGAGGUGCAUUCAAUUAAUUAUAACUUUGCAAAUAUUUCAGCCUGACUCUGCAUUAAUCAAUGUUCUGUCAUGA